UGUUCUUCGUGCCUCCUUCAUUGACGGAGAUCAAGACUAAAGAGUCAGGAGGACCGAGUAGUAUACGUAGAAUGUAGAAGGACUUCUAGUCUUCUUCUUCGACUUCUGCUAUUGCUCGUUCAAGUGCGGUGUGAGUGACUUCAACCUCGAUAGUGUCGUCCAUCGAAUGUCGAUCCGAUGCGAUAUCCCAGGCGAAUGUGUGCAUGAACCCCAGUGCCGACCCUUAAGUCAUUGAGCAUCCACCUCAUACAAUUAAGAUUGGGUGGGAAAUUUCCCCAACCCAUUCUCCUAUCCUCGCAUCCACCCACUACCCGUCUGGUGUGGUGGUUUUCUCCAGCUAAACUCGCAAGAUUCACGGCUCAAAAAGUGUGUGCGGACCCGGGCUUACCUUCUUUCCCUACCGUUGACGGACCAAACCUGACUCACUAAGCCCAUCUGUUUGGUCUGUCAAUCAGUUCGCAGUGUUGUGAUCGUUACACUACGACAUAUUGUUGAUAUUGUUGUAAAAAAACAAAAAGAAACAAUACUGAUAUCCCUCCAGUUGAGUGAGCCUCCAUGAUGGUGAUCCCUUAAAUGUCCACGGAUGGUCUCAAUUCGCGGAUUCAAAAUCCUUUCACUCACCCUUCAUUAUGCUUCAUUCAAUGAUCCAGGAGAGAAACGUAUAUGAGUGCUUCAGUGUCUACUCUGCUUUCAAAGAGUCCUCCCGCAUCGACCUCGAGAAGGUGGGUGUGUGAUCAGUGAGCGAGAAUGCAAAAUGUCCCCCCACCGCCACCUCCAAGGGCCUCGGCAACUUCCCCACAACCAGUGGUCAGAUCAUCACCGUCCUCUCCUUCAUCUCCCCCUUUCCUUCACCUGGAAGAUGAGGAAGAGAUCCAUGCCCAUGUGCGACUACCACUCAGACCCAACCCUAUCCCCACAACCACCACAAGCACUACUACCACCAACGGCCACCCUUCAUCUAGGGCCAGGAAUGCUCCUGGACUGGCUUUGCGAUUGUCAGAAACUCCCCCCGUGCCACCUCCUCGCCCGGAAAGCACACUCUCCCCCCAUACCCGAGACAUUACAAAUCCAUCCGGUAAUUCAGUCCGAUUGGCCCUUGGAACCCCUCCGUCUCCUACCAGAAGCCCCGUCAGCCUCAGCCCUGGACGUACAAAUAGUUCCAUCCUUGGCGGUAUUACUAGUGCUUCGCAUUUGCCUCAGCAGCCUCCGCCCAUGUUGGGACUGACCAGACUCUCUUCCACGAUGAGUCCAAUUACCCUAACAGCGCCGAGACCGGGACUGGAGAGGAAUCAAAAUCUCUAUGUUGAUGCCCCCUUGAAGAAACAAGUGCUUUCGUCGAACUCAAUUAACCAAACUCAUUCUUAUGUUGAUGAGCUCACGUUUGACCAACAAUUGCCCUUGCCCCAGUCCGCCAAUGUCUCUCUGAAAAAGAAGAGGCAACAACAACAACAACAACAGCAGCAGCGGAUAUUGUCCUUAAAAUCUCGGCCGCCAGGAUUGUCCCCCGAGGACUUGGAAACGCCUAGUUUUUCGUCGUCUGUGAUCAAGAGCUCUUCCUCGUCAAAGAAACCUUUGACGGAAAAGAAUUUGUCAGAAUUUCCGAGAAGAGGUAGCAAUGGCUUGCUGCUCUCACCGGCUUCAAUGGUCAGCUCUCCAACCUAUGAAGAUGAACCCAACCCAUCUGAUUCAAUCAUCUGUAGUGACUGUGGGCGAUGCCGGUGUGUGUCUUGUCGAACUGCUCGCCCUCUCCCAGAGAAGUGGUUAUGUAGCAACACGUGUCACAUGUCAGCCGAAACCAUUGUGGAUACCUUGUCCUGCAUGUGGUUGGUGAAAGCAGUGAUGUAUCAUUGCAGUAAAGAUAUGACCCAAGAAGGUGACGAUAGUUGCGAGUCUGCUAUGGUGGAGGAAAACCCUUGUUCUUGUAACGGAGAAAGCAUCGGUUUAAGAUGGGCCUGUAUUGGGGCUACUAGCGCUCUGUUACCUUGCUUGUGUUGUUAUCUGCCCUUCAAGGCGUGUGUGCACGGCAUUGAAAGCCUUUACCAACAGGCCACGUCAAACGGUUGCCGUUGUAUUCCAAGUCCAACGCAGUCACCCAUUCAAACCCAACCGCGCUCCGUGGCCGGUAGUGAUAUGCCUCAUUUUAACGUUUCAAUAAAAAAAUCGAGUGCUCCGGGUCACGCAAUGUCGUCAGAGUCUCAGAGUCAUCAAUCCUCGCCGCUUUCAUCCAAGACAUUGUCGACGACUUCGAGUCUAGACCGGUCACCAUUGGAUUCUGCCAAAAAGAGCCUCUUGUCGUGAGCCUGUGGUGAGCCCUUGGUCCUAGCACAUCGGGAAGUACGAAAACAAUAGCAACAACCACAAUACGGAACAACAUCAUUAGCAAUAUCAUCUGCCACACUGAAUAUAUUUAUCCCCCGCUGAAAUUCACACAGUUAGACGUCAAAGCCACAGUCCUAACCGAUUGCUGUUAUAUCACUAAAUGAAGCAACAUUGAUGUAUAAUAUCCUGUAUAGAUCCAGUCAGAGCUGACAUUACCCUCCGUUGCCUCCAAGUUCCAAGUCUCACUAUACCUUCACCGCCACACAUAAACUCAAACCCCAAUCCCAAUCCCAACCCCACCCUACCUCGUGUCAGGUUUGAUCGGAUCACAAGCACUCACUCGUAAUUAACUUUUCCCCUUUUGGUCCUCAAGCAACUGGUUUUUACUUCAGUUUUAAACUCGAUCCAGUAGUCGUAUGGCAUUUUCCGACCCACUCUCCCCCAAAAUUAUAUCUGCCGGCAAGAUAGAGCUUCGCUCAACUAGUCAGAAAGGAAUCAGCAACAUCUCCCUACGGUCAAAUCAAUUGGAUGAUGAUUAACUAAACCGUGAUUUCCUUCAUUGUUGCUCCCUUGAGCGUGUUUCCUCUUCUCGCUCUCUCAAUAUGGACAAGGUCUUCCGACAAGAUUGGAUCUAAAUAUUUACUCAAAAUCUCUGGAGGGUUAAUUGCCUCUACUGUUGCUUGUGAAAGACUCUUUCGCGAGAAGAGCUUUCCCAUGUUCUAAAUCCUCUCGUGUGUGAUCAAAGAUGCAAAACAAACCCCAGCCAACCAAGCAACCCAUUUUUCCCAAGUUCCGACGUCCUUUUCCGAGAACGAAACCAACCUCCAAUCAAUUGUUAUUGAAUGUUAGUGAAAAAUAAUACCAUUCUUACUACUACUGCUGCGUGUUUUGUACUCCAAUUUCAACAGCUACUGUUACUAAAACGACUACUUCUACCAUUAGUACGCCUACUUCUACUCCAACAACAACAGCAACUAAAAGAAUACAUAUAUUUUUGUCCUUUA